GCCAUUCCUAUCCCACAACUUUUAUUAUUGGUAAAGAAGACCAACCCAAAAUACAACAACCCAACAACCGAAUCUAUCUCUUUCCCUUCGCCUAUUCUUUUUCUCCUGGAGUACAUCGGGCUGGUUUGUACUUUUACACUUCCGGUUGGGGAUCCAUUCGCUUCAAGGCCCGGCGUAAAGACGGUGUGUGUGUACCACCGCAUCAACAAAGAAGAAAGAGACGGGAAAAGCCAGAAAAAAAAGAGAGUCAUGGCACCGACACUCGCUUUCGAGUCGCAUAUUGAAGAGUUUGUGCGGAGAGCAGCAGCUUUAUCAACUUCGUCUUUCGCUGCUUCUCUUGAAGCUUCUUCGAGUUCAGAGCAAGUGUACGCGCGGCAUGCGUUCGUAAGGAGAGAUCUUAGCGUCAACCACACCCAGGGUGUGACGCUGGGUGUGAUAGGAGCGUAUGUGGUUGUUAUUGCGUUGUUGUGGAACUUACCGUAUGUGAGGUGGGUUUUGUGGCCGUUCAAGAUGCUCGUCAUCGCCUUCCACGAAUUCUCCCACGCAAUCACCGCUGUCUGUACCGGCGGCCGCGUCGAAUCCAUCUCGCUCGACCCCCAUGAAGGCGGCGUCACGCACAUGCGCGGCGGCAAGCAAAUCGUCACGCUACCCGCUGGCUACCUAGGCUCCUCGCUCAUCGGUGCCCUUCUCACCUUUUGCGGCUUCAACAUUGUCGCUUCCAAAGUAGCGAGUAUCGUGCUGGGCGUGUGCUUUUUGCUCACGCUGUGGUGGGCGCGCAAGGAUUGGUUGACGAUUUUGACGAUUUUGGGGAGUGUGGGGUUGUUGGUGGGCUUUUGGUUUAUUGAGCAUGGCGAGGCGUUGAGGUUUUUGGUUCUUUUCAUUGGUGUCAUGUCGUCGCUGUACAGCGUCUGGGAUAUCUGCGAUGAUCUUAUCCUGCGCAAGGUAAAUUCUUCAGACGCUAGUGUCUUUGCGAAGCGCUAUGGUGGUUCCUCGCAGUGCUGGGGCGUCAUUUGGUCGAUCAUCUCGCUGCUGUUCAUGGUUGGUGGUAUUUUGGCUGGAUUGGCAGCGUUCAAGCAGAGCUUUGAGCAGCAGCAGAAGGACAGCCAAGGGUUUAUUCCUACGAUGCGGUAGAUGAAGUGGUUAUACUCGGCGCAUGCUAUAAUGCUGUUUGGAAAUUAUGCAUUUAUGAUAGUUAUUGGUUGAUGAAACAUGUUAGUAUAUAAACCUCCCUCUGAGGUUGAAACCUUC